CAAUUGCAUUUUCCACUUCAUUUUCAUGGAAAACUUGUUUCGCGAGGACCAAGGCAUUUUUUUGCAAAGCCAGUUGUUUGUGGAAAGUGAACAGCACCGGAUCAGUAGCAAUUGUGGCUUCAAAGUGGCCACAUCAUGGAAAACUCCGAAGUGGAAAUUGUGGAGCAUCAGGCGGAUAUUUACCAAGAUGCUGUGGUUUUCAUAACUGGAGCCACUGGAUUCGUGGGCAAAACGCUUCUGGAGAAGCUGCUCUGGAGUUUUCCCCAGAUCAAACGCAUCUACAUGCUGAUCCGACCCAAGAAUGGGGUCACAGUGGCGGAACGGUUCCGGGGUUCUCCAGAACCCAUCUUUGAGCGCCUGAGAGCCCAGCAUCCGAUAGGCUGAAGAAAUCUUUACUUCUCUGGCAACAUUGAGGAUGACAACUUUGGUUUAAAUGAGUGCGACAGAGCUGUUUUGUGUGCCGAGGUGAACAUUAUUUUCCACAGUGCAGCAACGGUUAGUACGUUUAACGAGUGCUUGAAAGUGUCAGCCCGUGUCAAUUCCCAGGCCACCUAUAAUCUUCUAGAGCUUUGCAGGGAAUGACCCUAUUUUUUAUAGAGCUUUCUGUACGUUUCGACGGCAUACUGCAAUCCUGGUAGGAAGUGUGAUGAGCAGGUGUACCCCACCAUGCCGCGUGAUUGGCGUCAGUUCCUUGCUGCCACCCAGAAAAUUCGAGACUACUUGAAUCGCCUGGCCGACUAUAUAAAGGGUCCGCAUGUCAACACGUAUACCUUUACCAAAUCCAUUGCCGAGCAGAUUGUCAAUGCCUAUAAGGAUGUGAUUCCCAUAGUGAUUGUAAGGCCUUCGAUAGUGACAGCUGCUUAUAAGGAACCCUAUCCUGGUUGGAUUGAUAAUAUCCAGGCUAUCAGCGGGAUAAUGAUGGAUGGCAAGGGCGGUAUCAGCAGCAUUCUGGGAGACAAGGAUCUUAUUUGCGACAUCAUCCCAGUGGACUUUGUGGUCAAUGCCAUGAUCAUGAUCGGCAAGGCGAAGUUGGGCAGCUUGAGCAUUUGUAACGCCACCUCUGGAGUCACCAAUCCCAUCACUUGGCAGCGCCUGGGGGAGUUGACCAUGAAGUGGUCUAGAAUCUAUCCCACAACGAUGAUUAUGUUCCCGAAUUUCAAGUAUAGAUGCAGUGCCCUCAAGCACGAGUUGGCCGUCUGGAUUCUCCAUUUUGUUCCCGCCUUGCUUAUGGAUCUGCAAACCUUUGUUGGCCCAAAAAAGCGCCUAGUCACUCCCAUUGCCAAGAAGUUCCGGCAUGCUUGUCUAGCAGGUAGCUUUUUCUCGCUGAACGAAUGGAUCUUCAAAAACAGCAGCCGGUUCUAUUUUAGAAUGAUUGACAAUGGCACGUAUCCCACUUAUUGGAAUCUGGAGGAGCUGGACUACGAUGAUUAUGUCCGGCGUCACAUGAUUGGGAUCAACAAAUAUCUGCACCGCGAAAAGUUCACCGUGACUCCAACAAGUCAUGGUACCAGGGUUUACUGGUUCUGGAUUUUUCUGCACCUGCUCUUUUACAUUAUGCUGGUUUAUAUAAUGUUUUAGUCAAAUACGUUACGUUUAU